AUGACUGAUAUCAUACAGGGGGCAUUAGUGCCAAAGCUACAUGCAGAAGACAUUCUGGACCUGGCCGCGGUCAGGUGGAUUCUUAUAAUCGAAAAGGAGGUGAAGCACACUCAUCGCCUUACUGGCUCAAGCCGCUCAUUAUCUGCACAGGCGACGUUCCGGACAUUGCUCAGCUCAAGCCAGUGGAGAGCUCUUGGAGCACAGGGUCUCGUACUUACGGCCAAAGGCUACCCUGAUCUGGCUUCGAGAAGUUUCCUCCGACACAUUGCCGAUGAAAACCCCCACAUACCAACUUAUGCCCUUGUUGAUUUCGAUCCGGAUGGCAUAGCUAUCAUGUCAACAUACAAGCACGGCUCGUACCGACUGGCCCAUGAGGAUGUUUCACACAAUCAGGGUUCCGGGCUUCGGCUGCCAGGGCUGCAGUGGCUUGGUGUUCAGAGUCACCAUAUCACAAACGGGCGGGCAGAUAGGAAGCUUGCAGAGACGACGACGCUGGCUGACACACAAGGCCUGAUGAGACUAACUGCAAGAGACCGCCAAAAGGCGCAUCGAAUGUUGGAGUGGGACCUGUGUGCAGAAGGAGGACUCGAAGCGAAGUGGAGGGUGGAGUUGCAAAGGAUGCUGAUGCUGAACAUCAAGGCGGAGAUGCAGAUCCUAGACGAAGUCGCAGGGAACUUGGUAUCGUGGUUGGGUAGCGAGCUGGAGGCAAGGAGCUCGCGGGGUGCAGGGUCCGACCAAGCUGCUGCCUCGCCGUUGAGCUCAGGCGACGAGCUACUUUUCUGA